UUCUUCCUCGCCCCCCCGCCCCCCGCGGUGCCGCCGAGCCGAGCCCAGCCGUGCCCGGAGCCGCGGGCGAAGCGGCGGACAAAGGCCCGACGCCGCGCUGCCGCGAGGAUGCCGCAGCUGCCGGGGGCCGGGGGCGGUGGGGGGGACCCGGAGCUCUGCGCCACCGACGAGAUGAUCCCCUUCAAGGACGAGGGGGACCCCCAGAAGGAGAAGAUCUUCGCCGAGAUCAGCCACCCCGAGGAGGAGGGCGACCUGGCCGACAUCAAGUCCUCCCUCGUCAACGAGUCCGAGAUCGCCCCCGGCGCCAACGGGCACGAGGUUUCCAGGCAGACUCAAGCGCAGGAUUCCUACCAUGAUAAAGGCAGAGAGCACCCGGAGGAAGGAAAGCAUCCAGACAGUGGCUUAUACAGCAAGGGACCAUCAUACUCUGGUUAUUCUGGGUAUAUCAUGAUGCCAAAUAUGAAUAACGACCCGUACAUGCCUAAUGGAUCUCUGUCGCCACCCAUCCCCAGAACAUCAAACAAGGUGCCAGUGGUACAGCCUUCUCAUGCGGUUCACCCCCUCACCCCUCUUAUCACCUACAGCGAUGAGCACUUUUCCCCGGGGUCGCACCCGUCUCACAUCCCCUCCGACGUCAGCUCCAAACAAGGCAUGUCCAGGCAUCCUCCAGCUCCUGAUCUCCCUACCUUCUAUCCCUUGUCUCCAGGGGGGGUUGGACAGAUAACACCACCUCUUGGCUGGCAAGGUCAGCCUGUAUAUCCCAUCUCGAGUGGAUUCAGGCAGCCCUAUCCAUCCUCACUCUCAGUCGACCCUUCCAUGUCCAGGUUUUCGCAUCACAUGAUUCCUGGUCCUCCAGGCCCUCACACAACUGGAAUCCCUCACCCAGCUAUUGUAACACCUCAAGUAAAACAAGAACAUCCGCACAAUGACAGUGAGCUAAUGCAUGUGAAGCCUCAGCAUGAACAGAGAAAAGAACAAGAGCCAAAAAGACCUCAUAUUAAGAAACCUCUGAAUGCUUUCAUGUUGUACAUGAAAGAAAUGAGAGCGAAUGUUGUAGCAGAGUGUACUCUGAAAGAAAGCGCAGCUAUCAACCAGAUUCUUGGCAGAAGGUGGCAUGCUCUCUCCCGUGAAGAACAAGCGAAAUAUUAUGAACUAGCUCGUAAAGAAAGGCAGCUACACAUGCAGCUUUAUCCAGGCUGGUCUGCAAGAGACAACUAUGGGAAGAAAAAGAAGAGGAAGAGAGAAAAGUUGCAGGAAUCAGCAUCAGGUACAGGCCCCAGAAUGACAGCUGCCUACAUCUGAAGCAUGGUGGGAAAAGAAAUGCUUUCUCAACUUGCAAAGCAAAGGCGGCGACACCAGGACCCCUUCUGGAGAUGGAAGCUUGUUAAACCCUAGGUGUGUCCUUCAUCCACGCAGACCACCCCCAAGGAGUCUGUCUAGGAUGUCAUUCACCCUGAUGUCACUGCUAGAGACACUGAAUCAUAAAGACAAUCACUGCCAAAAUCCUUCACUAUCACGAGGUCCAGCCCCGAUAUAAAUAGAGCAAAUGAGCUCCUGGGUCAGCAGAGCAGCUUUUGUCUUCACUCCACCUCUGCCUUGCACUCUUAAGCCCCCAUCUCAUCUGUGUCCAUAUCGAGUCAGCAAAGUAGCGUGGCUGUCUCUGCCUGCUUCAGCCAGCAGAAUUACAUAGACCACAGCUGCCCCAUACAGCACAUCGAGGAAUGGAAUUUGCCUGGACCAGGAUGACACGCUCAACCUUCCUUUUAUUUAAUGGUGCGACAGGAUCAAUUUUGGUUUUAGCUUUUUUAAGAAACUUGAAUGCUUUUAUAUUUUAACUUUUAGUUUGUAAUUUCUUUGGUGUAUAUUUUACUAGGUAUGAGCUUUUAAACAAGUGUCAGAAAUCUGAAAUACUUUUUAAAUAAAAGGGGUUUUUCUUUUUUUUUUUUUUUUCUGCCAGAGGAAAAACCUGUAUGGAAAAAAGGUGGCUUUUUUGUUAAACUAUUUGUAACAAAUAGUGGCCUCUCAGUCUAUAUAAUACAGUGUCCUAUAGAACUAAAUAAAUGUAACAA